GAGCCAGCCAUCAAAAUCUAAAAUCUUUUACUCCAAUACGUUAUACAAAGAUCGGAAACCAAAAACAUAAAUGUAUAUAGUGAGGUGAAGAUUGAAGAAGAAACAUUGAAAUGGAAAUACUGUUGGAGAGAGGGUGCGUGAAGAAGCCACGGUGGAGUAGAGAAGAAGAUGAAGUUCUUCGGGAUCAUGUCAAAGAGAAUGGUGCAAGAAACUGGAGCAUUGUAUCCAAAAGAUUGUGCCAACGAACAGGAAAAUCUUGUCGCCAUAGAUGGUUUAACAAACUUAAGCCAAACUUGAAGACUGGAAAGUUUUCGGCAGAAGAAGAGAAAUCGGUGAUAGAAAAGCAGAAACAGUUUGGGAACAAAUGGGCCACAAUUGCAAAGGAUUUGCCGGGGAGAACGGACAAUGAUGUGAAAAACUUUUGGAGCAGUCGGAGAAAAAGGUUAGAGAGGAUGUUGCAGAAAAGCAAGGGAAAAACUCCUCUUACUCAAGUGCUAGCGGAGAAGGCUCCUCCAUGCAGUUCAAACAGUCAACAGAUGGAAAAUGAUUUCAUGAAUGCAGUUGAGGUUGAGGCCACCCGACUUCACACAAUACCAUCUUUUGAGUCUUCAUUAGGGUACAACUUCCCUCUGCUCCCUGAGCCACUAAUCGACUUUCCAGUCUUCCCAGAGUACCGGGACCUUGUUCUAGAGACCUUUGAUCUAAAUUUUAUUGAUGGAUUCGUCGAGAACAUUUGUCAAUACUUUGAGUAGAUUCCAACUCAACAGAACAAUGAAAUGUUAUCUUUUGGUUGUA